AUGCCAGAGCACUGUGCAACAUAUUCCUGUUCAAAUCGCCGGACCAUCGCAAAUAGGGCUCGGGGGAUUACUUUUCUCAAGUUUCCCAAGGACAAGGAUGUGAGGAAGAAGUGGGAAGUGGCUUUGAGGAGAGAAGGAUUCACUGCAAGUUUUUCAUCAGUGCUUUGCUCUCAACAUUUUAAGCAGGGCGAUUUUGAUAGGACGGGUCAGAUUGUUCGACUCCGAUAUGUUGUUAUUCCAUCCGUCUUCAGCUUCCCGGUUCACCUCCAAAGAUUGGAAAAGGGCAGGGCUACGUCUACCUCCAGAAGAGCUGAAGAAAGCCUGUCCGUGGCCUCUCAGGAUUCCCAAGAAACGGCAACCUCACACCCACAACCUCAGCCUAAUUAUGAUCAUGGCUAUGCCUUGCCUGCUUCUCCUGCCGCUCUUAAGACCAGACUCAAUAAAGCCUUCACAAGAGUGGAAAGUCUGGAGCGAGAGAAGAAUGCCAUGGCCAGAGAAAAGAGGUCAAAGACCACAGUGAAGAGUAUUUUGGGUGAUUUGAGGGAAAAGAACCUCAUUAAUGAAGAGCUCAAAGAGAAGCUUGAAUUCUAUUCAGAUCUUCAGAUAGACCUCAUGGCAAAGCAGGGCCAUGAGUACACAAAGGACUACAGAGAGUUUGCGCUCACGCUCCAUCUACAGGGUCCAAAGGCACACAAAUACCACAUGGUGCUUUCUUGGGGUGUCUUGUACUUGUCGGUCAUCGGAUUUGUCAUCAAUAUCGACACGUUGAUGCUGAUGAUUCCUGAACUGCUCCAAGUUCAGCGGUAUGUGCCCACCUACAGGUUCAGCCAGGAUCACUUGGAGCUCUUAUUUAAUUCAAUCAGAGCGUCAGGCGACUGGAAUAACAAUCCAUCGGCACGCCAGUUCCAGGCCAUCUCCCGCCGUCUGAUGGUUCGGUGUGGUGUCUCAUCUGGAUAA